UUCUCCUCCUUGAAGGGAACGCCGAGAAAUAGAAGAUCCGUCUUUUUCGGCACUGCGACCCACCUCUUUUCUGCAUCUCCACCGCUCGCCGUGAGGCAGAGCGUGAUUGACAGGAGGAAGAGCCUCUCAAAACGCGCGAAGGGAAGUCGAGUUUCAAAGGAAUGAAAACAAACAGGCAAUGGAGUAGUUAGCCCCUGUUGUUGAGGGCCCUGGAAGAGAAGCAGACCUGUCUUCCGGGGGCGGAGUCGGUGCUGCUGUUCUCAUUCGGCUGAUGGCUUUGAGGGCGCUGCGGGGGCUUUUGGUGCUCAGGUUGAAUGGGGAACAAUUCAUCUGCAGCUACAGCAAUAUCUAAUACUGCUACAGCUAACCAGAUAAAAGAUGCUAUAUCAGAUAAUUGUGUUGUGAUCUUCUCAAAAAGCACAUGUUCCUACUGCAAAAUGGCAAAGAAACUAUUUCAAGAAAUGAAUGUGAAUUAUAAAGCCAUAGAACUUGAUAGAUAUGAAAAUGGAAGUCAGUUUCAGGAUAUUCUUCAUCAAAUGACAGGCAGCAGGACAGUUCCCAGAAUAUUUAUCAAUGGAAACUUCGUUGGAGGUGCUACAGAUACUCAGCGUCUUCACAGGGAGGGUAAAUUGCUUCCAUUAGUUCACCAGUGCCAGAUCCAAAGAGAAGGAAACUCAGUACCCUCAUAUAGUUUUCCUUGACUUUUUAAUACAUCUUGACAAUCUUUAAUUUGUAAAUCCAGAUUUGACUUUGGCACCUUAUAUGUACAAAAAUGCUUCAACAACCUUGAAUUGCCCCAAAAUAUAUUAGCUAGUAAAUCUGCAGGCUGCAACCCUAUAGUGUUUGAUCAUAGAAAACUAAGCAGCUAGAUGCACAAAUGCUGGAAUAAACCUUGUCACAUUAGUUGAGUUCUGGAAACUAGGUUUAAGAAUUAUGCCACCUGCACUCAAAUUUAUAGUAAUACUCCAAGGAAGAUUUUGGUAUAGCUGUGAGCACCUGCACAAUGAUCAGAUGCCCUCCAUGAGAGUUUUAUCAUUGAUUGGUGUUUCUGCAACUCUGUACUAAGCUGUAUAACUCUGUUGUCUGUGCAUGCCCCGUUUCUCUCAGCAAACUGAGCAUUGGCAAGUUGGCAUGUUAAGCAUAAAAUGUGAAGAGAGACCUGGACAACACAAAAUUAGCAGGUAGAGUGCUGGAAAUGGAUACUGGGAACAGACGAAACAGCAGUUGGAAAGGGAGAAACUGAACUCAGAGAAGCAUUUUCUUUUCCCUGUUACUUAAUUCUUCCUUUCUCUUCAACAUAUUCCCUUCUUUUCAACCUUUUUCUUUUCUUCUUCUCUCUUUGGAGCUUGUUUUUUUUUUUUUUUCCAAAACCACAAAACCACAAGCUCUCCUUAGCCCCAGCACAUGCAUUGGGAUUAGGAGUGAGGGGAAUUUUUUUUGCGUGUGGUUAAAUACAUAGAAGGAAGGCCUCUGCCCCCUUUUAAAGUCAUAUAGAAAGGGAAUACCAGCAAGUUGCAAAGAAUAGCUUGAAUGCCCUCUGUGGAGAGAGGCAGAAUAUAAAUUGAAUGAAUAAGAAGCCCUUUUGGAUAAGAUAUAUAGACUAGUUUUAAAUAGAUUGAAGUUCUACUGUAUUCACUUGUACCUACAUGUAAGUACGUAUACAACUGUAGUUUGCACUCUCAGCUUUGCUAGUCUCUGUGCUUAGCAAGUAGGACUUCUGUAACAUGGGUCUUCAUUCUCAGCAAAGGCACCAUCACUAACUUUUUCUCAGUUCAGAUAUGUCCAAGGUUAUCUAUCCUUGCCUGAUGUAAUAUUGGAGAUUAUUUAGGCAGAGUAUCAGAACCACCCUUCAAGAACACAUCACAUGAAGGAGUUUUGGUCGGGAAUUAGGUAUCUAAUUCUAAUUAGGUAAAAAGGACCUCAUCAGCUAUAUCCAGCAGAAUGUUAGUAAAUGAUUCAUAGACGGGUGAAUACUUUCAAAGAAAAAUUUGCAAAAAGUAAUAUGCAAGUCAGAUUGAGAGGUUUUUUUUUUAAAAAAAAACACUGUUCUUGCUGUCCUAGUGACAAGAAAAUCUUAGUUUUUUGUGAGAUAAGAGGUUUAAAACAUCUAGAUUGCUAAAUGACACAUUUCAUUAUCAAAACCUUUUGAAAAUGUGACCUCUUUGUGGCUUGCAAUUGCAUGGUAUUUAUGAAAUAGUACUUUAUGGGUAUAUGACAAAAAAGGUUAUUGUGACCUACUAAAUGCUUUUUCUGUUUGUAUAAUAUAUUUGCAUUAAACAAAUACCAGUUAUUUAUUAGAAUUUUCCACUCAUGUGUUAUGAUUAACUGUACAUAAGCUGCAUGCACGCAUCAUAUAGAAUGUUUUUUGAAUUCCACUUUUCAGCCAAGUAUUGUAUCCUAAAGCAGACUUUAAAAAAAAGAAAGAAAACCGUACAACAAUUGGAUAUAAGACAUAGCUGAAAAUUUUACCAGUAGUGCAACAAGAAGCAUCAUAUGUCAAAGUGUGAACAGAACAUCAGAUUAUAUAAUGGGGUCUCUUAGUGUAAAGUCAAUCCUGAAAACAGUUUUUUUAAAUCUAAAAAUAUAAAAUUAAUGAGCUUA